AUGGAGGGAUAUCUUAAGAAGUGGAUCAACAUAGUUACUAGAUGGCAGGACAGAUACUUCAUUUUGAAUGAUCACAUUCUCCAUUACUGUGAACAUUAAGGAGGGCAGUCGAAAGGUUAAAUCCAUUUAAAAGUGGCUGCGAUCAUAUUGGUUCCUGAAGAUCCUCUGAAAAUCAUCAUAAACACAGGGACGAAUGAAAUAUAGGUGAAGGCUUCAAGUGUACCAGAAAAAAUAGAAUGGGUGAAUGCCUUGAAAAGAGCUCAAGAAAGGUGUUAGGAAACCAUUCCUAGAGAUUGUGUCAAAGAAGUAAAUGAUAUUCUAACAGACAUUUGGGUUACACAAGCAGCAUGUACAAUUACUCAUAUCCAUCAUUAGUUGAUGAAACAUUAAAUAUACUUGUACCUAAAUUGGAAAGACAAUCGAAAUAUGUGGAAUUGGCUGAAAAAUUAAGUGAGUUAGGUUAAAAGAUUAAGAUGAAUGUCACCAUAUGUACUUAAUUGUUGGAAGUGGAAAAGGAGAAGCUAGAAUCCCAAUAGUCAGGUAUUUUGAAAUAAUAUUUAGGAGAUAAUUAAACUUUAUUUUAAUCAUUCAGAAAUAUAACAAGUGGAAUUGAUGACUUUAACCGAUAAAGCUCAAGUAUUAGUUCUAGUAGUUCUUUGUCAAUCCAAGACAUUUUAGAGUCUCUUAAAUAUGAGCAACCAAUUAAAUAUGUAACAAUAUUUAUUGAAUCUAGAAAAACCUUAUUAACAAUCCGGUUUUCUAAAAAAUUUAAUUCACAAAUUCCUAAAUUAGAGCUGCAUUGCCUAGAUCUUAAGAUCCAAAUGAAAAGUUGAAAGUUUGGAGUUUUAUUAAAGACAUGAUAGGCAAGGACCUUUCGAAAUUUGCUGUUCCUGUAUAUUUUAACGAGCCUCUAUCCAUGCUAUAAAGAUUAGCUGAGAAUUUAGAAUACUAUUAAACAUUAAUUGAUGCUAAUCAAGAAUAGGAUUAGUGGCUUAGAAUGUGCUAUGUAAUGGGAUUUGGAGUCAGUGCUUAUUCGAGUAAUAUUGAUAGACAUAAGAAACCAUUUAAUCCUAUUUUAGGUGAGACCUUUGAAAUCUCAAAUAAACAAUUUAGAUUUGUAAGUGAAUAAGUCUCCCAUCAUCCUCCUGUUUCAGCUGGUUACGCAGAAUCAAUUGAUUUUGAAAUGUAGAUGUAAACUGAUAUAAAAACCAAAAUGUCUCCCAGAUCUAUGGAGGUGUAACCUAUAGGAAAUGUAUAUAUUAAACUAAAACAAUUUAAUGAUCAAAUCUCCUACAAUAAAUGCACUACCAAAAUUCAAAAUAUCAUUUUUGGCAACAUGUAUAUUGAACAUAUUGGAGAUAUGGUUUUUAACAAUUAUUCCACUAAUGACAAAGGAAUUCUGACUCUCUCUGAAAAUCAUCGAAUGGUUGGUACUGUUUAUGAUAGUAAUGGCUAAGAAAAGUACAAAUUGAAAGGAUUAUGGAAUGAUUCAUUGAUUGCUCGCAACGUUUAAACAGGAAAAGAAACUGUUGUUUGGAAAAGGUACGAUUUGCCUCAGGAUUAUAAAAAUUACUUCUUUUUUACUAAGUUCGCUCUUAAUUUGAAUCUGCUUAACAUAGAUUUAAUCAAAUAGCUCCCGUGUACGGAUUGUAGAUUGAGACCAGAUCAAUUAGCUUUAGAGUAUGGCUUCAUUGAUUUGGCUGCUGAUGAAAAACAUCGUCUUGAGUAGAAAUAGAGAUAGAGAAGAAAGGAGAUGCAAAAUGCAGGUCAAAAGCAUUUGCCAUAAUAUUUUGAACUGAUCAAGGAACCAUGCACAAAUGAAAUGAUUUAUAAAUACAGGGGGAAUUAUUGGAGGAAAAAAGGAGAGGGCUUAGACUUGUUUUGA